AUGGCCGCAAUAGGCGGCUUAUUAUUUGGCUAUGAUACUGGUAUUGUUUCCGGCAUAAUGCUAUAUUUGCCACAUAAUAAAUAUAUGGAUGGUUUAUCAACUGUUUGGCAGGAGGUUAUAAUCAGUAUAACAUCCGGGAUGGCAGGUAUUGCUGCUCUAACCGCAGGUAAAAGUAGCGAUAAAUUCGGUCGUCGAAAAGUGAUAGUAUCGGCUACUAUAUUCUUCAUCGCUGGCGCUAUUAUAUGUGGUGUUGCAUUCGACCGUUGGACAUUACUUAUUGGGCGUAUAUUGCUGGGAAUUGCUAUUGGAUUUGCAUCCAUGGUUGUACCCGUGUAUAUAAGUGAAGGAGCACCCGCAAGAGUACGUGGGAAAUUGGUAACAAUUUAUCAGUUCAUGGUAGCAUUCGGAUUUACAGUUGCCAAUGCUGUAGCGGCAUGGUUUGCUCAUUAUGAUCCAGUCAAUAUUGGUUGGCGCUUGAUGUUCGCAUUUGCUGCAGUACCGGCCUUAGUGCAACUAGUUGGCUUUCUCUUCCUGCCAGAAACACCGCGUUAUCUAAUCAGUCAUGGGCAUGAGAAAGAAGCACAGGAAGUGUUACAUCGAUUAUAUGGUAAUGAUAAGGAAUGGAUUGCUUAUGAGAUGGGUGAAGUAACACGUGAAAUGCAACGUGAAGCAAUGUUUCGUCAGAAAAACGGGGAUGAAUUCGUCCUAUGUAGGGUGCUAAGAACGACGCAUGUGCGGAAAGCUCUGAUGCUCGGCUGUGCUUUGCAAAUGUUUCAACAGCUCGCUGGAAUUAAUACUAUUUUAUAUUACACCAGCACCAUCAUUCGCUCUGCUGGCGUGCACGAUAAAAUCACUACAAUUUGGAUUUCAUGUGGUAUUUCAACUGUACAAGCAGUAGGGACAAUACUGCCACUGAACUUGAUCGAGCGACUUGGAAGGCGUACUCUUGUACUGUCCUCUCUGAUCGGUGUUGUUGUUACACUGUGUAUGAUGGGUGGUGCAUUUAUCCUUAUCAAUUAUGAUUCCACAAAAAUUGAUUCUGCGCAGGCCUAUAUCGGUAUAGAUAUGAAUUCUGUCAACACCAAUAAGGAACUACUAGAGCUAUGCGCUAGCUUCAGGAAUUGCGAUGACUGCGUGACAUCAGAGUAUUGUGGAUAUUGUGGUUUAACGGAAGACUCCUCAUCAUCAUCAACAAGUUUUGGGCAGUGUCUACCUGUUAAUUUACAAAAUACUCAAUAUUCACUUUAUGGAUACUGUAAGGAUGGUAUGAACAAUGCAACUGAUUACAUAUUUACUGAUACUUCUUGUAAAACCCGAUUUACGGCACUACCAAUAGUAAUUAUGGUACUCUAUAUAUCUGUUUAUUCGUUUGGUAUGGGUCCAAUCCCAUGGGUUUUCAAUGCUGAGGUUUAUCCAAUCUGGGCGAGAGGCACAUGCGUUGCUUUAUCCACAUUUACAAAUUGGACUUUCAAUCUUUUGAUGUCGUUAACAUACCUCAGCUUAAGUCAAGCUAUCACCAAAUAUGGUGCGUUCUUUUUGUAUGGCGGCAUUUCAUUCACUGGUUUCAUCAUCUUCUACUUUUUUGCACCGGAAACCCGCGGAAAACGCAUUGAAGAGAUCGAGCAACUAUUCAUGAAUGAAAAAAGGAAAAUAACACCUGAAUGUAAUUAACAACACAAAACAGUCAUGUCUAAUUCUACAAUCUAAUUCUUUUUUCUUCGAUGUAAACGAUGAAUAAACAGAGUACGUG